UUCCGAAUUUGCAAAGGUAAGGUCGUGAUUCCAAUCUCGAACUGCGAAAGACGAAGGAAGGAGAGUUCCACUUCAAUCGACGGGAAAUGAUCAUCUGAAACUUCUCUGUACGGCACUCUCGCAGCGGCCAUUAUGGAUUCCAAUAGCCAUCCCUUUGAGGAGGAUGGCCUUCCGGUGCUGCAGUUGCGGAAAUGGGAUCCUUCUGAAUUUCCGUACAGUCCUUCUGAUUUCAGAGAAGGUUUUAUUUCUCCAACUCGGAUGUCAUUGUUGCUGCUUUCUUAUGAUUCAGAGGGAUUAUUGUUUCCCUUAGUUAGAGGGAAAUCGUUGAUUAAUAAUGAUCCUGAAGUUAGCCAUGAAGAAACAGUUUCUGAUACACCGAAACAUAAAGUUUCUAGUUCAUCUGAAUUUGUAGAGUUGGAUAGCCGUGUUGACAAUGUAUCGGGAGCUAGUUCCUCAGGAUCCGCUGAUGCAUUCAUGUCUGAUGUAGAAUCGGUGGCAUGGGGUCUAUGUGUAGACACAUGCGAUCAGCAUGAAGAAACUUCAUUUCGAGAGCUACUUUUUGUUUCUGGAAAACACGGGGUGAUUGUACAUGCUUUUUCUCACUUUAAUGAAUCUUGUAAAGCAAUCAAACCAGCACAUGCGAAUCGUGUUGGGCCCGGAUUGUGGGUGGAGUGGGGUCCAUCGAUGGAGUUACCUCCUAAUUUGGACCUCGAGGGAGAGUCAAAAUGUCAUCUCGAGGCUUCUGGGGAAUUUUCAGGUUCUCAUGCAGACUUUAUGGAUGGUGAUCAAUCAGUGAGUUCAAAGGCAUGGUUGCGCACCUUUUACACUAGAGUUGAUAGACUAACAUCCGGUAAUGAUGUAUAUACAAAGUUUCCGCAGAGAUCUUUAUUUCCCGAUAAUGCAAUUAUUUCAUUUAGGAUACUUGAGGAGGACACACACUUCCUGGACCUUCUUCAGCGUAGUACCGCAUCAUGUGAUAAACCUAAUGACAAUAUUUCAGCUUCAGUAAUUAAUAAACCAGAUACACAUCCAGAUUCCCGCGUCUCAACAACACUGGAUGAUAGUGCUUCUAACUCUCGAGGUGGUGCAGUGAACAGUUUGUAUAAGUGUGUUAAAGUUUUCUCUAAUAAUUCUUACCAGUUAGUUGGAUUUGCUCUAUCUCUGACGACCCCAAUGGAUGUAAGUACUGGCAAUGGAAAUGAUGAAAGCCAUAUCAAAAUUCUUAUUGCAGUGGCCAGACUUGUUAGCUGGGGAUUACAGUGGGUGUAUUCUAUAAAUCUUAAAGAAAAUCUUGAUAGAGGUCCAUUUGAGUGGGUAGACUUCUCUUUUUCUCACAGUUUUCUUGUUUGUCUUAGUUCUUGUGGCCUGAUCUCAUUAUAUGGUGCCUCAACUGGGGCAUAUGUUGCAUCAGUCAGUGUUAUAAAUAAAACUGGACCUGGCCGUUCUCCAAACUCCCUGGAGCAAUAUAGUGAUGACAUUCCCAAUAAAAGAAGCUUUAAGAGGUUGUUUGUGUUUCCUCAUUCCUCACUGGUGGGCGUGAUAGAUGAUUGUGGUGUAACCUAUACUUUUCGUAUCUGUGAUCAUGUUCCAGAGGAACAUUUUUCAUCUGAACAUACCCUUUCUUAUCAACAUUGCCUAGGUAUUGGACCUCUAAAUGCGUGGGAGGUUGGUGGUGCUGAAAUUGGUUACCAAAGGGUACUUCAUAAUGCACACUCCCAGGGCAUAAGUAGAUCAUUGAGGAUGGGUAAAACUUCUUAUUUUACAGAUAGUUUACUGGGAAAUGAAAAUCGGACCAGCAAAGGUACUGAUAUCAGAUGUCCAAGGAAUACUUAUGCUUUAAAUAUUAACACCUCUUCUGGCUCAACCCAGAUAAUGAAUCAGAAGAAGUUUAUAGGUUCUGAUAUUCAAUCUUCUCUUUUGCGGAAAGUAUUUCUACUUCCAUAUGGAUACAGUGAAGACAAUAUUUAUUGCUUUUCUCAUUUUGGAAUCACUUGUCUCAUUAAGAGACAGAGUGGUGAGAAGAAAUGGAGUCAAGUUGUGCAUUACAAUCUACGAUUAGAUUUCAUCAUGAACGAUGAAAUGAACUGUAAUUUGCAAAGUCGAGAAACCUCUUCUAUUGAAGCUGUGGGCUGCAACUUUAAUGGGUUUUUAUAUUUGGUGACAAAAAAAGGUUUUUCAGUUGUUCUUCCUUCAAUUUCAGUUCCAACAAAUAUUUUCCCUGUUGAAGCAAUAGGAUAUUGGCUACCAAAUUGCACAGCCAGAUCAUGGUGUUCUGCUGGAAAUCUUAUGGAGAUAUCUGGAAUUGACAAACAUUUGUCACCCUGGAAAGUAGAGGUUUUGGACAGAGUUCUUCUAUAUGAGGGUCAUGAAGCUGCAGAGAAGCUAUGUUGGGAAAAUGGUUUGAGCCUUCAUAUUUCUCGGAUCCGGCGCCUGCAAUUGGCUUUAAACUAUCAAGAAUUUGAUGAAAUUGAGACUUCUUUAGGAAUGCUUAUGGGGGUCAAUUUAGAAGCAGAAGGCAUCUUGAGGUUGAUCUUUGUUGCAGUUUAUUUGAUGUCACAUGAAGUUAGCAAUGAUAGUGCAAUAUCAGCUGCAUCGAGGCUUCUGGCAUUAGCUACAAGUUAUUCAACUAUGGCCAUACGUAAAUAUGGCCUCUUGCAGCACAAGAAAGUAAAUUUGAGGUCAUGGGAUGUCAGAGAUAAUGAAGGUGCUUUACUUCCACUGGUGUUAACUGAUAAAGAAGAUGAUGAAGAGGGGAACUCCAGAAGGCUUCAGGAAAUGUCACACUUUUUGGUUGUGGUUCGUAGGUUGCAGGGACAAAUAAAUGCCAAAUUCAGAAGACCAGGCCAAUCAUUGAUGGGUGAUGCAGGAUUAAGUGCAGACAUUUUAGAGGAUGAAUCUAAGGGUCCAGUUGUUUCAGAAGAUUCCAUAAUAUUGGAUAAGUCGGGGCUACCUGAGACCGUACCUCCUGCCUCUGAAGCUGACUCUGCGAGUGAAGACAACCUUUCUUUAGUGCAAGUUGACAAACAUGGUGCCAAAAGCCCUGCAGAUUUUCUGGGCUUUGAUGGAGUUGCCAUGGUCUCUAAAGGAGGUGGUUUUGGAAAAAGAUCUUUAAAAUUUGAAAAUCCCAAAGAUAUGAUUGAACGUUGGGAAUUGGAUAAUAUGGACCUGAAAACUGUUGUAAAAGAUGCAUUACAUUCUGGUCGUCUUCCAUUGGCUGUACUCAGAUUGCAUCUCCAUCGUUCAAAUAGUUUGUUGCCUGGGAUAGAGGCUCAUGAUACCUUCAAUGAUGUUCGAAUUGCUGGAAGAGCGAUUGCAUAUGAUUUAUUUCUUAAGGGUGAGAUUCAACUUGCUCUAACAACACUACAAAAGCUUGGGGAGGAUGUUGAAACCUCCCUGAAACAGUUAGUAUUUGGCAGCGUUAGAAGAUCUCUUCGAGUUCAAGUUGCUGAAGAGAUGAAAAAAUAUGCAUACCUUGAACCACAUGAAUUGAAGAUUUUGGAGAUGGUGUCGCUAAUAGAGAGGGUAUAUCCUUGCAAUAGUUUCUUCAGUACGCUGGGCACCCGAAAAAUGGAGCAUAAAGGGGGAUCUAAUGAAGAUAAACCCAACGAGAUAAGUCUGCGCCUGCUGCACCCACUCUUGAACAACCUUGUCAUUGUUUGUGGUGAGGUAGAUGGAGUUGUUUUGGGUCCAUGGAAAACUGUUAAUGAACAUUCUUUUGCUCCUGAAAUUGAUGACGACAGCAACCAUGCUGCCUACUGGACUGCUGCUGUAGCAUGGUCAGAUGCCUGGGAUCCAACAGUUAUUGAUCGUGUGCUACUGGAUCAACCUCUCCUUAUGGGGGUUCAUGUAUUAUGGGAAUCACAACUUGAGUAUUAUGUGUGCCACAAUGAAUGGUUAGAAGUAUCCAAGCUGCUGGAUGUGUUUCCAUCUUAUGCACUAUCCAAUGGAAGCCUUAGCGUUAGGUUGGAUGAUGUAAAUCAAGCUUCAUCCAUUGAGCAAGGCCAGAAGCCCACUGGAAUGACUGGAUAUAACAAUUACACAAGCUUCCUUGAAGAGCCAGAUGCUGUGACCAUCAGUGUUCCAAGUGUCAGAAUAUUCAGGUUUCCAGCAAACAGGGCAUGCUCAGACUGGUUAAGAAUGCUUAUGGAACAGCAGCUAGCAAAGAAGUUUAUCUUCUUGGCUGAUUACUGGGAUGGUACAGAAAAUAUUGUACCUCUUCUGGCUCGCUCAGGUUUUAUGGUUGACCCUCAUGAGAAUUUAUUCCUGGAUGGAACAACUGGUGGCACAUCUGAUUCAGUACUAGUUAUUGGCGAUGCAUCAGUGAAUCCAGAAGCAAUCCAAGCCCUACAUAAAGUUGUUGUGCACUUUUGCUCCCAAUAUAACCUGCUGAAUUUAUUGGAUAUUUAUCUAGACUUUCAUGCCUUAGCCAUGGACCAAAAUUCUCUUUCCUUUAUCUUGGAUGCAGCUGGUGAUAAUGAGUGGGCAAGGUGCCUGAUGCUGCUGAGGAUUAAAGGAAAAGAAUACGAUGCAUCGUUUUCUAAUGCCCGUGCAGUUGCUUCCCGUAAUUUUACUCUAGGCAAAAAGUUCACUUAUCUGGAGACUGAUGACAUCAUACAAGCUGUUGAUGAUAUAGCUGAAGGAGCAGGCGAAAUGGCAGCUUUAGCGACAUUAAUGUUCGCUCCUGUUCCUCUACAAGAAUGUCUUAGCAGUGGUAGUGUAAACAGGAAUCAUAGCUCUGCUCAAUGCACGUUGGAGAACCUUAGACCAGCCAUUCAAGAGUUUCCUACUUUGCGGAAUACACUUGUAGCGGCUUGUUUUGGUCAUGAUACUGUUUGCAGUAAUUUGACUCUUAAGACAAAAGUGUCGGGGUAUUCUGAUUUGAUGGAUUACUUGAACUGGCGAGAAGGUGUAUUUUUCUCUUCUGCACGAGAUACUUCAAUUCUGCAGAUGGUCCCAUGCUGGUUCCCUAAAGCUGUUCGGAGACUGGUUCAGCUCUAUGUGCAGGGACCCAUCGGUUGGCAAUCUUUAGCUGACUCUGCCACUGAAGAACUUUCUAUACUGAGAGACAUUUAUUAUGUCGUAAAUUCAAGUGGUCAUGCUCAGAUUAGUGCCACAUCAUGGGAAGCUUCUGUACAAAAGCAUAUAGAAGAGGAGCUUUAUGCAUCUUCUUUAGAGGGAGCUGGGGUUGGACUGGAGCACUACUUGCAUCGUGGUAGAGCAUUAGCUGCUUUAAACCAUCUCCUUGCUUCAAGGGUUCAUAAGAUGACAACUGAUAACAGCCAACGGUCACAAUCUGGAACCUCCUCAACUGGGCAAGUAAAUGUUCACUUGGAUCUACAAACAAUCCUUGCACCAUUAACGGAGAGUGAAGAGUCACUUCUCUCAUCUGUUAUACCCCUUGCUAUUGAGCAUUUUAAUGACUCGGUACUGGUGGCAUCAUGUGCUUUUCUUCUGGAACUAUGUGGUUUGUCUGCUAGUGUUCUUCGAGUUGAUGUUGCUGCCUUGAGUAGGAUAUCUUCUUUCUAUAAGUCUACUGAUAAUAAUCACUUAAGGCAGCUAUCCCCCAAGGGUGCUGGAUUCUAUCAAACAGCAGUUGAAGUUGAUGUAGCAGAAUCACUUGCACGAGCACUGGCAGAUGAUUAUCUUCAUCGAUGUUCUGCUAACAUGAUGCAGAAAGAUAAUGGGAACAAUAAUGUCUGCAAUCAACCGUCGCGAGCUCUGCUUCUUGUUCUGCAUCAUUUGGAAAGGGCAAGUCUUCCAGCUGUAUCAAAUGGAGCAACAUGCGGCUCUUGGUUGUCAACUGGAAAUGGGGAUGGGGCUGAAUUAAGGUCUCAACAAAAAGCCGCAAGCCAGUACUGGCAAUUGGUCACCACAUUUUGUCAGAUGCAUAACAUUCCCUUGAGCACAAAAAACCUUGCUGCAUUAGCGAGAGAUAAUGAUUGGGUUGGGUUUUUGUCGGAUGCUCAGAUUGGAAAAUAUCCCAUAGAAACAGUUAUCCAAGUGGCAUCAAAGGAGUUCAGUGAUCCUCGGUUAAAGACUCACAUCUUAACAGUUUUGAAAAGCAUGCAGUCUAGGAAGAAAGUUGGAUCUACAAACUUGAAUACUGCAGAAAGUGGGGCUGAAGUGUCUUUGUCACAUGAAAAUCCUUACAUACCUGUUGAAUUAUUUGGAAUUAUUGCAAUGUGUGAAAAGCAAGAAAAACCUGGAGAGGCUCUUCUACUAAAGGCAAAGAAUCUGUGCUGGUCAAUUUUGGCUAUGAUUGCAUCUUGUUUUCCUGAUGUCUCGCUACUGUCCUGUUUAAAAGUUUGGCUGGAGAUAACUGCUGCAAGGGAGACAUCAGCCAUCAAAGUUAAUGAUAUUGCAUCCCAAAUUGCAAGAAAUGUCGGAGCUGCUGUGGAGGCCACGAAUUCCCUUUCUCCUGGUGCUAGAACCACAGCAUUCCAUUAUAAUAGGAAAAACUCAAAGCGUAGGCGUCUUUCUGAAUCAAUACCUCAGGAUUCUUCAUCCUUGGCAGUUUCUGACAUUUCUAAAGUACCUGGUGUCUCCACCAUUACUGGCGUUAAUUGUCAAGAAGAAAUGGACAAACUAGGUGAUGGUGAUGCUAUAUAUUCCAGUGACUCUGAUAGCAUGGCUAAUGCCUUGUCAAGAAUGGUUGCGGUGCUUUGUGAGCAGCAUCUGUUCCUUCCUCUGCUACAAGCUUUUGAGAUAUUUCUUCCUUCAUGCUCUCUAUUGCCUUUUAUCCGUGCUCUUCAGGCCUUUUCGCAAAUGCGCCUUUCAGAGGCUUCAGCACAUCUUGGGGCCUUCACCAUCAGUGUUAAAGAAGAGCCUCUUCUUCACACACAAUCUAACUGGGAGAGGGAAGAGAAAAUUGGAAAAUCUUGGACAAGUUCCAUGGCUGUUAAAGCUGCUGAUGCUAUGCUCCGUACUUGCCCGUCUCCAUAUGAGAAAAGAUGUUUAUUAAGGCUUCUUUCAGCUACUGACUUUGGUGAUGGAGGGGCUAUUGCAGCACGUUAUGGGCAACUCUCUUGGAAAAUAGAUAUGGCUGAGCCUUCUUUGCGGAGUGAUGAAUGCCCUCUCCUUGGAAAUGAAACACUAGAUGAUGCUUCGUUGUUGACUGAGCUAGAAAAGAAUGGGUAUUGGGAACAAGCACGCAGUUGGGCCAAACAGUUGGAGGCUAGUGGAGAAUCACAAUGGAAAUCUGCAGCCAAUCAUGUAACAGAAAUGCAGGCUGAAGCCAUGGUAGCAGAAUGGAAAGAAUUCCUUUGGGAUGUCCCAGAAGAGAGGGCUGCUUUGUGGAGCCACUGCCACACGCUUUUCAUUAGAUACUCAUUUCCAGGAUUGCUGGCAGGGGUGUUCUUUCUUAAACAUGCAGAGGCAGUUGAAAAAGAUAUUCCAGCAAGAGAACUUCAUGAGAUUUUGCUACUUGCACUGCAGUGGCUGAGUGGAAUGAUAACUGCAUCAAACCCGUUUUAUCCACUGCAUCUACUGCGCGAAAUUGAGACGAGAGUUUGGCUCUUGGCUGUCGAAUCUGAAGCUCAAGCGAAGGGUGAUGGUGAAGAUUCCUUAACCCAGCACACCCGAGAGCAGUCUGGAUCUUCCAAGGAUUCUAAUUUAAUAGAUCGUACUGCAACUAUUAUUACUAAAAUUGAUAAUCAUAUAAAUGCGAUGAGGUUCAAAUCUUCAGAGAACAAUGAUCGGGGGAACAGUCAUACACAUGCUAGAAUCACUCAAACUGUUGAUCAUGGCUUUUCUAGCACUGCUGAAGGGAGCUCUAAGACUAAAAGGAGAGCAAAAGGCAUUGGAUCAUCGAAGAAGCCUCUGUAUGAUCCAGCAGAUAAAUCAUUUGAGCCUCUUAAUGUCAGAGAUGAAUCACAAUUCAUGGAUGAAAACUUCAAAAUAGAUUCAUCAUUAUCGAGGUGGGAGGAAAGAGUUGGACCUGCUGAACUUGAAUGGGCUGUUCUUUCAUUGUUGGAUUUUGGGCAAACUGCUGCUGCUAGACAACUGCAAAAUAAGCUGUCUCCUGGCAACACACCACCUGAAUUCCUACUUGUAGAUACUGCGUUGAAGCUUGCUUCUCUCUCUACUCCAAUGAACAGGGUUUCUGUAUCAGCCUUGGACAACGAAGUGCGCUCAGUCAUUCUUUCAUACAAUAUUUCAAUUGGCAACGGGACAAUUGAUCCCCUUGAGGUUUUGGAGAGUUUGGCAACCAUUCUGGUGGAAGGCAGUGGGAAUGGGUUAUGCCGAAGGAUAAUAUCUGUUGUUAAGGCUGCAAAUGUACUUGGUCUAACUUUUGUGGAGGCAUUUGAGAAGCAGCCAAUCGAGCUGUUGCAAUUACUUUCUCUCAAAGCUCAAGAUUCUUUCGAGGAAGCCAAACUUUUGGUGAAGACACACACAAUGCCAGCUGCUAGUAUUGCUCAAAUUCUUGCUGAAUCGUUCCUAAAGGGUUUAUUGGCAGCACAUCGUGGCGGGUAUAUUGACUCACAAAAAGAGGAAGGACCUGCUCCUCUGCUAUGGAGAUUCUCCGACUUCUUAAAAUGGGCUGAGCUUUGUCCAUCUGAUUCAGAAAUUGGCCAUGCAUUAAUGAGAUUAGUUAUCACAGGGCAAGAAAUACCCCAUGAAUGUGAGGUUGAGCUGCUUAUUCUAUCCCAUCAUUUCUACAAGUUGUCAGCCUGUCUUGAUGGGGUUGAUGUUCUUGUAGCUCUUGCUGCGACAAGGGUGGAGGCCUAUGUAUGGGAGGGUGAUUUUUCAUGCCUUGCUCGCUUGAUAACAGGAGUUGGAAACUUCCAUGCGCUGAAUUUCAUACUUGGAAUUCUUAUUGAGAAAGGCCAACUAGAUCUUCUCCUCCAAAAGUAUUCAGCAGCUGCAGAUGCCAACAGUGGUGCUGCUGCUGAGGCUGUUAGGGGGUUCCGAAUGGCUGUUCUGACAUCACUUAAACAAUUUAAUCCGGAUGACCUUGAUGCAUUUGCCAUGGUCUAUAAUCACUUUGACAUGAAGCAUGAGACUGCUGCUCUUUUGGAGUUGCGUGCAAAGCAAUCAUCUCAACUGUGGUUUCUCCGUUAUGACAAGGAUCACCAUGAAGACCUCCUCGACUCAAUGCGCUAUUACAUUGAAGCUGCCGAAGUUCAUUCUUCCAUUGAUGCUGGCAACAAAACUCGAAAAGCAUGUGCUCAAGCAUCACUGGUAUCGCUACAAAUCCGAAUGCCCGACACCAAAUGGCUCGACCUUUCUGAAACUAACGCACGGAGAAUCCUAGUAGAGCAGUCCCGGUUCCAGGAGGCCCUAAUAGUGGCUGAAGCAUACGGUCUGAACCAACCAAGCGAGUGGGUUCUCGUUCUGUGGGAACAGAUGCUCAAACCGGAGCUCACCGAGCAGUUUGUAGCUGAAUUUGUUGCUGUGCUACCUCUCCAGCCAUCAAUGCUAAUCGAACUUGGGAGAUUCUACCGGUCUGAGGUGCAAGCCCGGGGAGACCAGUCCCAGUUCUCGGUGUGGUUGACUGGAGGUGGUCUGCCGGCAGAUUGGGCCAAGCAGCUCGGGAGAUCAUUCAGAUGCUUGCUGAAGAGGACUCGGGACAUCCGGCUGAAACUCCAGCUGGCUACAACGGCCACAGGGUUUGAUGAUGUAGUCAAGGUGUGUAGCCGGGAAUUGGAUAAGGUCCCUGAAAAUGCCGGCCCACUUAUCCUGAGGAAGGGACACGGAGGGGCUUAUCAACCUCUGAUGUAGCCUGUAGGCGGACUGGACUCGACUCGACUGAUGAAUAUGUAUGUGCGCGUUUAGGGGGAAGCUCCGGCCAGCAGACGACAGCAUCCCAGCCUCAUAGACUGUGACGGAAUUGAAACAUGGCAUGCUUUCAGGUGUGUGUAGUAAUUAUAUAUGUAAAGAUUAAGAAGCUUUUGGUAAGAUUUUGAAUGAUGAGUAAAUUCUUUAUAUUUUUGAGGAAAAGCAGCAGCAGUAGUAGUAUUAGCAGUAGCAGUAGCAGUAGCAGUAGCAGGCAGGUAUUUUGGCUCAAGUUUCAAAUUCUUUUGUUGUAUUUGGGCUUUUGUGUUUUCAUGGCAUGAAGUUAUAUAAGGUGAUGUAUGUAUAUACAAUUCUGAUUGAGAGCAAUAAAAUGCAUGGAUCUAUUUAUUUA